GUCCUGACGUCAUUCAGAUAAAUUUAUUCAUCAGAUCAAGGGGAGAGAAGAGCAAGGAAAAGGAUUAAUCAACAAAAAAUUGAAACGCAGUCCAUUUAUUGAUAAGAUAAUUAAAAUGGCUGAUAAAGAUGGCUUUGUGCCAUUAGACGAUGAAUUUACAUUUGAUGAGGAACUAGAAAUGUCUGUUAACUUUAAUAAAGAAUCAGAUAUUAAACUUGACGAGGCCAUCAAACUUUUAGCUGAUAUAUCAACAUGUACAAUCAACGAAUUGGAGCCAAAUAUUUUAUCAAAAAUAUGUCCAUAUUUUGAUAGAUUGAUUGAACAAAAUUUCACUAAAAUUGAUAAUAUUUUAGAUGAAAAUAAUCCAUCAAAGGAUAAUAAAAUAUUUGAUGAAUAUUUAGAUUCAACGAGUGAUAUUUUAGACUAUUGGAGUACAAUAUUGGAGCACACUAAAACACUUGAUAAAUUAAAUGCUUCAAUGAUUAAAAGUAUACUAAAUUAUUUUCCAAAUAGUGCUAUUAAAAUAUCUUGUCAUCUAAAAACAAAACGUGCCAAUUAUGAAACAAUACCAACAAAACUUGUUGAUGUUUUUCGUAAUACAUCAUCAUUAACAAAAAUUUUUUAUAAUAUACUUAAUCAAGGAAUUGAUUUUACAAAUAACACUGAUAUUUUCAUGCAAACACUUGAAAAAAUUGGUGAAAUUGGUAGAUAUAUACAAAAUGAUUUAACAACAAUGUGUCAAACAUGGAAAACACUUGAAUCAUCAAUUGAAAGAAUGUACAAAGACAUAUUGGAUUCUUCAGUUGAUGUGUUUGAUAAACGCAGUAAAUGUUCAUUAUUUUUAUUGAAAAUCCUUGACCGACUUUACGAAGUAUUUUGUUACAAACAACAACUAACACAAGAAUUAAUUUGUGAUCGUGUGGAUUUCAUCAUUCGUUUAUCAACAUGUCAUGUUGUUUCAACUGAACAAAGCUAG